ACGACUUUUUGGAUGCUCAGUAAGGAAACCAAAUUAGGCUUUCUAGGUGGAGCUGUAUACUUGUACCGACAAUCAUGUGGUAAUUGCAGUUAACAAACAUCUGUCUGUGUAAGUGUGACUAAGAACACGUAUCCCACGCAUAAAGAAGUAAAUAAAAGAAUGGACAAAAGGACCUUUGUUGCACUGCACUUCUGGGCUCGCAAUGUGCGACGGCGAGUGCUUCGUGGCUUCCUUCAGAACAGGAAUAGAGCAGACGACGACGAUAUUUCAUGUUCCGAAGAGUACGGGAUUUCCAAUGACGCAUCACUCGUACUCGAGAGCGCACCUGUUGCUUCGUCGUCGCAAAGCAGAUCCGGUGACUCGCCACUGGGAGAGGGAACUGGACGCUCUGCACGUGUAGAGGGUGUUUCACAUCCUUCGUCGGCGGACCCGCGCAUCCAUGCUCAUAUCGGAGAAACGUAUACGGCACAAGCAACAGACGCAAGAGUUCGUAUAGGAGGUUCAUUGGAAGAGGGAGGCAGUAGUAGUUCAACCUCUUUCGUUCGAGCACAAACUACUCAAAGUGGGAAAGUCAAUGCAACGUCGAGCCAGGUAGAGUCGCUGUCUUCAGAAGGCAUUCGGCAGAAGAAUACUCGUAAAGACAGCACAACAAGCGGAGCGCCAGCUGGCGAGAACGAUCGUGACGACAACGUUCAACAUCAAGACGAUGCGCGGUUCCGAGAACUUCGCCGGCGCAAGAAAGCGCGGCUGUGGAGGCGCUGGUGGCUCCGAACGGAACGGCAGAGUUUGCUAAAGGCUGGCGUCUUCGCCUUUCAAUGUCUGCACGCCUUGCGCACUCGACAGCGCGGCGCUGCUGAGUGUGUGCGACGGCUCCGCGUCUCUGAGGCAGUGAAGAGGCUACAGGCGCAUGCGGGAGCGCAAAAGCUGCUGCGAGCGCUCCGGUGUCGUGCAGAUACAUUCCGGACACACAGGAUGCAUCAGCAAACUCUGAGCCUAUGGCUUCAGGGUCUCAUAACUGUCAAGCGGAAGCAAAUACUCGCCAAUCUCGCUUGUCAGGUGUAUACUAGAGAGAAAUAGUUAAAUAGACUCAUUCUGAAUCUUCAUCUUAAACUUAAUGUCUGAAGGAGGCUGCUCUUGAUUCCUAUAGUAUACUCUUACGAACACGUAGCGAGUUCUCCAGCUUCGACGAUGUUCUGUAUCAUACAUAACGUUUGUUUCGACUAAUAUCCUAUCUCGUUUUUCUACUUCCUUCUCUUCACAGCACCUUGCCAAUGUUCGUAUGAGACAGAGGAUAAGAAAAUGGUCUGCUUCAGUCGAGGAGAUCAAAUCAUCGAAAGCCGCGCGGAGGAAAGCUGCGGACUUCUGCUGUCGCAAGCUUUUUCCGCCCAUCUUCUCACAGUGGGGGUAUAACUGAUGCUACUAGGAGACUCAUCUGAAUCACAAAUGGAUAUGGAAAUGAUAGAAGGAUACGCAUGUGUUGUUGUAGUGGUUGAUCCCUCAAGGUCUUCUGAAUUGACAUGCCUCUUAUAAGUAGAUUGGUUGUAGCUGCUUUAGUAAUCGGACAUUCAACAUUUUUCGAACUCUCAGGGCAUGGGUAGUGCAGCGACGGCGAAAGAAGGCCAGACAAAAUUCAGCGCAUCGCAUGCAUGUCGAGGCGCUUCGCAAAGACGCUGUUUGCAGUUGUUUGAAUCGAGAGCGGGAAUUGGUAUCUUUAGAGAAGAGCCUUGUUGAUCAACUCUUCGGUGUAUGAUCUUGGUCACGGAUGCUUUUUAUUAUUUUCAAGGUAGAUUCUUCAAUUGUCACACACCGGCGGCGCAUUACCAUUCUAUCCAUUCUUGCACUAUAUAUAGAUACCCGAACACUUUCUCGCCAGAUGUUGCAACGGCGCGAGAGGCAAAAAGAAGCUGCCUGGGAGAAUUUUCAGCAGUUGUACAAGUUCUUUCACUGCUGGAAAACUGCGAACAGAGGAGCUUUGUUAGACGUACUGAUGGAGAAGUAUGGUGUCCAUACGAACACCCUAGAUGAUCAUCUUCAUGGUAUUCUUGACCACGCGCCGACGAUUACUUCGGGUGUCAAUAAGAACGUAGAGGUACACAACAAGGAAAAGGAAAUGGAUUCACUUCUGAGUCCUUCGCUUCCAUUUCCAACGGUAAAACGGGCUAAAACAAGUACAAUCCAGAAAGUAGAAGUACUCGAGAAUCAGUGCACGACAGGUUCUCUCCUGGUGGUCCAUGACGGCGAAAGUGAUGUUUCGCGGGAUGGGGGCGAAAGCCUAGCAGAAGAACCGUCAUGGCUCCGCGGCUCGGUCUCAGCGCACUUGCUAGAAUGCCUGAACUAUUCUAGACAGCAAAACGAGGAGAGUUCGAUCAUCUCUCACGCAGAAGGCGAUUUAGGUAACAAUGGCGCAAGAGUGCAACAAGUAGCUGCUAUGGAGGUUGCAGCCUCGUCAGGCAAGAAAAGUGGAAUCAACGUUAAUACUGAACUUCCCUGCGUAGUACCUCUGGCAUCGAAUACUACCAGGCAAGCCGAAGAAGAACAGCCCAAGCUUGUGCCGAAACUUCCUGUUGGUCAUGGGGCAGGGUUGCCCGAUGGAUCGCCCGACACGAGCCGUACAACAGUCCCUGCUGAAACGCCACCCAGCAUGACAACGCAAGGUGGCUCCUCUUCGUCCGCCUCACCCAAAAUUGGCAAAAUUCACGAUGGUUAUGCUGGCACACCGAUAUUAUCAGCCCGAGGUGGAAGAAAACCGCAAAAUCCACUGGCUUUUUUACUUACGGAUGGGGAUGGUCGCGAAAGCUACGACAGUAGGGCCUCUAACAUGGGACUGCUUCGCCGGAUACGAGACGAGCAGGAAGCGGUUGCAAUGAAUUCACUAGCGGACGAAGAGCGAAGUACCUAUCGCCACGCUACUACCGGAAGGUCGGGGAGUGACACAUUGCUUUUUUCAGACCACGAUGAUGAUGCCGACGCUCGAUAUUCUAGUAGGGAGACGAUCAAGACAUCGAAGUCCUUUCUGCUUGGGAAAAAGCAACGUCCGGCACCGCGGAUUCCACAAUGGCUACUGCAGCCCACAUAAAAUCAUAAGGCGCUACAAUGUCUCUCCUGUUUUUUAUGUUUUGGUACAAUAAAUUUCACAUAAAUAAGUAUAAAAUGACGUCUCUUGCUGUUGUUUGUGAAAGCACCGCCAGUGCUGAGCACCAUUGAACAGUGAGAUUUUGGUAACCGGUCUACUUGACGUGUGGAUCAUUUGUUUUCUUAGGUUUCCACUUAUGAGGAGAGCGUUUUGGGUGAAUCAUUCAAAAGGCAGAAACGCGUUGAAAAUACACAGAGUGGAUACUUCUUUUUGCAGGUCUGCC